GACACUCUGCACGAGUAUAGUAUACGUAUUAUACCGGUAUAAUAUACGUACAGUGUGGUAUACUAUCGGCCGUGAGCUGUCAUUGUAGAAGUGCAUCACAGAUUAUUUAUUUAUUAAUCGCUAGCCUUUAGAAUGCAAAAAUAAUACAGCAAAAUGGGUAGAAAAACAUUACACGCUGGUUGGAGUGGAUUUAGCCCAAUUAAGAAUGUAAAUGGCUUAAUUGAUAAAGCCCAAUGUCUGAAAUGCAAACGCAUUUUUGCUAAAAGAGAUUAUAAAUUUUUGACUAGUCAUGCGAAAGUGUGCACAGGUGUUUCACAGAAUAAGGAUAAGGAAAACAAUUCAAACAAUGUUUCUAUGGAAGUUGCUGAUGUUAAUGUUGCACAGGAUGAGCAACGAGAAUUGGAAAAUGCAGUCGGUUCUGUACUUGAUAUUGAUGCAGACGUUUCGAUGAAUUCUUCUCAGUCGUCCAAUGAUGAAGAGAAUCAGACAAAAAAGAAAUGAUGUUGACAAAAGAAACGUUUUGCUUCUAAAAUUCUUUCUAUCGAAUGAAAUAGAUUUUGAAAACGUUUCCUCGGUACAUUGUAAAAAGUUGUUUGAAUCAUUCGAUCCAGAUUAUCACUUACCAUCAAAAGAUGAUUUAAGAAAUAGGAUUACAAAGCUGGCUGAGGGUCAAAGACUUGAAUUUAACCAUUUACAAAAGCUGCUAGAUGUCAUAUCGUUAGUUUCGUUUUGACGUGAGACUUAAAAUGUAUUUAUGUACAUUCUAUGGUAGUUCAGAAUGACCAGGAAAUAGUAGAGUCAUUAGAGAAAUUUUGUAUCGAAUCUGUGAAGGAAGUUUACGAAACGUACAAUAUACACGUAAACUUCCUAAUGUACAAUGGAAAAUAUGUUCUUGCUGAGGUUUUUACCGUGAGGGAAGUGCAGUGUUUUAAGCUACGUUGUUUAUCAGCAAUGAUGGAACAGUUAAGAAAAGUAAAUUUUCAAAUUGACAGCGUAGAAGCUAUUCAGGUAACAAUGGAGUAUUAUAAAAUAAUUGACGAUUUAGAAAAUAACUCUAAUGAGUAGUUCGGAGAAUGCAGUAGAAGAUAUUUUCCAAGUAAUCCUUCAAAAUAAUGCUAUAGUUAAUGUAUUCGUUGAGAAUACUAUUUAUAAGUUUACCAACGGUGCAGCAUUAGCUUCUAAUUUUUUCAAUUAUAAACUGAAUGGGAAAAUGUUUAUGAAUAAUUCCGUCCUAUCAACAAACAUGUCACAGUUUCUAGAAACUGCAUUGCCUAAUGAUGCUUUUGACGGUCUGGCGAGAUACAAAAAUAAGUCUGAUGAAUUUCGACACCUGUUUGAAGCAAAUCAUGAUAAAAUAAGAUUUUGGUCAAUUGUAAAAAUGUACCACAAAUCGUUAAGUGAUUUCGCUUUAAAAUUGCUUUCUAUUCCAGUUUUUAUGCCACAAAUAAAUAUCAAGAAAAUGAUAAAACUGCGAUCAAAACUAUUUGAUGAAGAAAAUAAAUCAACAAAGUUUUUAAUGUUUUUUAUUCUUAUUGAAUAGUUUGGAAAUUAAAUUUGGAAAAAGUACAAUCAGUAUAUUUUACAAUGUGAUUCGUCAUAAGAUUGAUGACGUUUAACUUAGAAAGUUAAUAUCAUAAGUAAAAUAUCUUUUUCCAUUUAAAUAAAACAAAAGUCAAAGUUUAAAAAGUGUAUAAUAACUAUUUUUAUAACAGGGUUAAUCAUCGUUUUGCGUUUUUGUUUCAAUAAAUUUUCUUCAUAAUGUAAUAUUGCAUGCGCCAAAGAAAACAUCUUUAAGAGGUGUUUUAUAUAAAAGAGAUAUAAUAUAUACUUUUGUAAGUGACAGUUUUAUAAAACAUUAGAUUAUCGCAAUUAUUUAUUUUCAAUUAAAUCAUAACAUGAUUUCAUAAUAAUUUUGCAUUCAAAAAUACUCGUAUCACUAUUUUUACGGUGAUAAUCGUAAGAUAAGAAACAUAGAUUAAAAAAUAUUGUAAUAGAUUCUGUAUUCAUAGAAAUAAUUAUUUUUCAUGCACAAUAACAAAAGUUCCUAUCAUUAAAUAUAGAUUGUAAAAGUUAGCAGCUGAUUCAAAUACAAUGUUUGUGAUAGUAGCUACUCAGGUAUUUAAAUGUAAUUGUAUUGCAUCUUUUAAAAAGACAAUUCGUAUGUUCCUAUUAAAAAGUUAGUAGCUGAUUUAAAUGCAAUGUUUGUGAUAAUAGCUAUUUACAUAAUAGGUAUUUACAUACAGUUGUAUUGCAUCAUUUAAGAAGACAAUUUGUAUGUUCUUUUAAAGAGAAUUAAAAUAAAGAGCCUAUAAAAUUAUUA